ACACUUACGCAUACAAGUACAAGAGCCCCAAGUGACCAAAAACCUUAGCCCCAAGUGACCAAAAACCUUAUCUGCUGUUAUCCUCUCUCUCAGACACACAAACUGAAACAUUCAUCAAUUCUUUUUCCUAAGACCCUGAUGUUAUUUGUCUUGUAAAACCAUAGUGUGACAUUCCAUGGCAGCCAUUAUCUCCUGCCAUUACUGUUCUACUCUACCAAGCUCCAAACUUUUCACCCCAAAGAUACCCACCAACCAUUUUCGUUUCCCAUUUUCCCAAAACAACUUUUUGUCUCGGAGAUUUGGACCCAGAUGUUCUGCACAGAAUCCUCACCAGAAGCAGGAAGUGAGGUCAUUUUCCUUGAAGGAGAGUGCAAUUUCUAUAGCUUUGGCAGUUGGGUUAAUAACUGGGGUUCCCACAUUGGAUUGGUCUGCAAAUGCCUAUGCUGCUAGUCCAGUUUUUCCUGAUCUGUCUGUGUUGAUAUCUGGACCUCCCAUCAAGGACCCGGAGGCGUUGUUGAGAUAUGCGCUGCCUAUUGACAAUAAAGCUAUCAGGGAAGUUCAAAAACCACUGGAAGACAUCACAGACAGUCUUAAGGUUGCUGGAGUCAAGGCACUUGAUUCAGUGGAAAGGAAUCUGAAGCAGGCAUCUCGAGCCCUCAAGCAGGGGAAAACUUUAAUUAUAUCAGGGUUAGCAGAGUCAAAGAAGGACCGUGGAGUAGAACUUCUAGACAAGCUGGAAGCAGGAAUGGAUGAACUUCAACAAAUAGUGGAGGAUAGGAAUAGAGAUGCAGUAGCACCAAAACAGAAGGAGCUACUUCAAUAUGUUGGAAGUGUUGAAGAGGAUAUGGUGGAUGGCUUCCCGUAUGAAGUGCCUGAAGAAUACCGAAAUAUGCCUUUAUUGAAGGGGCGAGCAACUGUGGAGAUGAAGGUCAAGGUUAAGGACAAUCCUAACCUAGAUGAAUGUGUCUUCCGUAUAGUUCUAGACGGUUAUAAUGCACCUGUAACUUCUGGGAAUUUCAUAGACUUGGUGGAAAGGCACUUCUAUGAUGGGAUGGAAAUUCAAAGAGCUGAUGGCUUUGUUGUUCAAACCGGUGACCCUGAAGGUCCUGCAGAGGGUUUCAUUGAUCCUAGUACAGAGAAAACCAGGACAAUACCAUUAGAAAUCAUGGCAGAAGGGGAGAAAGCACCCUUCUAUGGAGCAACUUUGGAAGAGCUUGGUCUGUACAAGGCUCAAACAAGGCUUCCGUUUAAUGCAUUUGGAACGAUGGCCAUGGCAAGAGAUGAAUUUGAGGACAAUUCUGCAUCCAGCCAGAUAUUUUGGCUACUGAAAGAAAGUGAAUUAACUCCUAGUAAUGCCAACAUAUUGGAUGGUCGUUACGCAGUGUUUGGUUAUGUGACAGAAAAUGAGGAUUAUUUGGCAGAUGUUAAGGUUGGUGAUGUCAUAGAGUCAAUUCAAGUAGUCGCUGGCUUGGAUAAUCUAGUCAACCCCAGCUACAAGAUUGCUGGCUAAUUACCUUUCUAUAUUUUUAGUAUUAAAUACUGCAUAUGAGAGUUAAUUGGUCAUUUCCAUCAAAUUUGUUGAUGAACCUAAUAAUUUAUGUGAUUUUAAGUUUGAAUUUUCAUUCCAGGAUUCUGGAUAGUUUGAGAGAAUUUUAGCAUCUAAGUUGAGAAGGAAUUCUUGUAAGACAGUACCAACGCCAAGAUCAGAUUUAUUCCAUAUUACAUGCAUUCUUGUAUUCACUUGUUUAUUGAUGGAAUAUAGUAUCAUCAAGUAUUUGUUCCUUGAUGACAUAAUCGUACAA